ACUAUGACAGUCCAAACAAACUCUGCUCCCAAUUUUUUGAACCGAGACUCAGAAAAUCUCUCCUUAGAAUCUCUGAAACCUUCCUUCAGGUUAGAACCAAAACAAUAUUAAAACAAAACCAAAGAUUCUGAUUUAAUAUCAAAAAUAGAUUAUUUUUUCUUAAAAAAUGCUUCUUCGAAGCUCUUCAAGUCAAUUAUUGAAGCAUUCAUGGUCAACUCCACACUCAUCCCCGGAGCCAGACUUCAUGCUUCACGUACCAAAACAGUUCUCAAGAUCAACAUCAUCACUCUCAAUCUCAUCACAAAAUUCAAUAGUACGUAAAUUGUCCCGAGCUCUCUCUGAAACUGAUCUUAAGGAGCUCCAAAAUUCAUCAUAUUUUUCCAGCACGUGUUGCAUGGCCAUGCAUGACGUAGUUCCUCUCACAGUUGAAGAAAUAGACGAAGAAGAAAAAGAGGAGCGGGUAGGGUUGACAAAUGGGUUGAUGUUGUUUUCGGAUUCCGGGUUGAAAACGGAUGCAGGGUGCGAAGUUGAGGAAAAGAAUAGACACACAACGGCGGUUGAGCUGGUGGUUGACGGCGGCGGGGGCGGAGGAGCUGGAAGUGGGAGGAUAUGUGGUGGUGGAGGAGGUGGUGAUUAUAACGGUGGAAAGGGAGACGAUUCUGAGUACUGGGAUUCACCAAAUUAUGGGAGUGAUAAUACUGAUUUGUAUUACACAAAGAUGAUUCAAGCUAAUCCUAGCAAUUCACUGCUUCUUGGAAAUUAUGCAAGAUUCUUGAAAGAGGUCCGUGGAAACUUGGUAAAAGCAGAAGAAUAUUGUGGGAGAGCAAUAUUGGCAAAUCCAAGUGAUGGAAAUAUACUUUCACUUUAUGCUGAUUUAAUUUGGAGAUCCCAUAAAGAUGCGCCUCGUGCUCUCAACUACUUUGAGAAAGCUAUUAAAGCUUCCCCUGACGAUUGUUAUGUGUUAGCCUCCUAUGCUCACUUUCUUUGGGAUGCAGAGGAUGAUGAUGAAGAAGAAAAUGGACAAGAAGGAAAACAGGAAAUGAGCGAUAUUAACUCAUCACAACCUUGUUUCUUCGUAUGACUAACUACCUCACAGUUUAAUGAAUGUUCUCUUUAGCAAAUUAAAUUAAAAUAUAAACUCUCUAAUAUUUUUGUUUUCUGUUUUUCAACCUUUGGGGUACGUAGUUAACCUUUCUUUUCAUUCCUUGACUAGUUUCUUCGCGAACAUAGAAUCAAUAAUGUUUUGUAGAACAAAGGGAGUGGGCUAAACCCUAAUCAACUUGUGGGAUGUUACAUACCCUGUAGACAACAAUCGCAACAGUCGAUCUGGUCCCCUACCCCACAAAGUAACUUGACGGUCGAACCACUCCCAAGGCAAAUAAUGACCUAGGGGUCGAUCCGGCUAAGACUCCCGUUGAGUAUUUUGAGUUUUGCUCUUUCUCGGCUUGAUCUUGUAAUUAAGAAUGAAAUAAAAUCAUGUUCCUGGAAACACUGGAGUUCUGGUUUUAUUUUCCUCCAACGGAAAUUUCUACUAAUUAAUUUCCUUUUUGAUCCA